AUGCGCGGCGUCGAGCGAGACUCGGAACCGGCUGAUGUGCGGCCUCGGCCGUCAAUACUGGGGUGGCGGUGGGAGCUGCUCUCCCUGGUGUUCAGUAUUGGGUGCAUGAUCAGCAUCGUCACCAUUCUCCUCGCCUACCAAGAUCGGCCGCAAAGCGACUGGCACGGCGGGUUCCUCAGCAUCACGGCGACCAUCGCUAUCUUCUCCACGGGUGCCAACAUGGCGGCAGCUCUCGCCCUCGGCGCAUGCCUCAGCCAGUACAAAUGGCUGCACUUCCGGAAAUCACCGCGCAAACUGACCGAUCUGGACCUGAUCGAGGAAGCGGGACGAGGGCCAUUGGGGUCGCUUGUCCUCCUGGCCAAACGACCGUUGGGGCUGGCGAGCGUCGGUGCCGUCGUAGUGCUGCUGUCUUCGAUGUUCGAUGUCUUCGUUCAGCAAACCGUCACCUUUGAAUCACGCGAUGUUGCCAAGGACAGCGGCGCCCUGCUUGGGCUGGCACACACCUACGACAGCGGAGCAAGACGAAUCUACGGUGCAGACUUCAAUGUCGCACCUUCCACCAUGGACUUGUCGAUGCAGGGAGCCGUGUACCGAGGUCUGUACAAUCUUGGAUCGCCUGCUGUUUUCAACUGCACCUCCAAUUGCCAGUGGAAUGGCACCUAUUACUCGCUUGGGUUUACCAGCACUUGCGCCGACGUGACCGAGGCGACUAUCCGCCUCCAUCCCAACGCGUCUGCGACGUGGAACGUCUCGGCUAACUCACCGCUGGACGGGAACCUCACCACUCCAGGCGGUGUUAGACUACCCGCCCCUUAUUCGGCCACGUCUUGGCAAACAGUGGUCAGCGUCAGCGCCAUCAAUCUUUUGAAUCCGGCGAACAUUACGAAAAUGCAUCCCGAUAUCGUCCGCAUCGGGGUGUUCAGAGUACCUGUCAAUACCACCAGCUUUCGCUUCUCCCCUGAUAACAUGACAAUCGUCGAAUGCGACAUCGCGCUGGCGGCUUACAGCUACUCGAACUUGUCAUCCUCGGGCCAGAUCCUGAACGUCGGCCAUUGGGAACGCAUCCGCCUUGAUCCGGGCUUCUUAACCUCGCCUGAAAACGAUACCAAGUCUAAUCUUCUGAGCUUCAACCAGAGCGGGCUCCCGCUCUUGAGGGUUGCGGUUUCGGAUCUCGCAGCCCUCCAGCUGCUGUUCACAUCGAACCGCUUCAGCGGCAUCAUCUACGAAGGGGUGGCCGCCUCCCCGCGUCAGGGCAUGGGGGACGCGUUUCGAUCGGGUGACAUUGCCCAGACGGUGCUUGCCAUGGUCGACAGCAUGACCGAUCAGCUGCGCUCCAGCUACAACGUCGCGGCCGUCGGGCAGAGCCUCGUCCCCGAGGUGUUUAUUGAGGUCGAGUGGGCGUGGAUCACCCUGCCGCUUGUCGUGCAAUUCAUCACGAUCGUGUUCGUCGUCAUCAUCAUGAUCAAGAGCGCGCGGACGCCGGGCUUGCCGCUGUGGAAGUCGUCCACUGUUGCGGUGCUGACUUAUGAUGUGCGGUUCCGCGACGACGGAGAUGACGUGGGCAGGCUGGGGACGGGGAUCCGGAGUACCAAGGAGCUGGAUGCUCUCGCCGAGUCGUGGAAGGCCAAAUUGGAGCUGCCUGAGCGGAAGUGA